AUGGCACUUGUUUCUGCCGCUCCCUAUCUCGCCCUUCUAGGCGAUCUGGACCCCAGUCUCAAGGCUUAUGCUUUGAGUUCCCUCAACGAUGUCGUAGACGAACUUUGGGCCGAAAUUGCAAACUCCAUCACCGAAUUGGAAGAGCUCUACGAAGACCCCAAUUUUGAAAAACGGUCGCUCGCCGCCUUGAUUAUGUCCAAGGUCUACUACAACUUGGGCGACUUCGAGGCGUCGGUGAGAUACUCGUUGUGUGCUGGCGACGAGUUUGACGUUGAAGAACAAUCGCAAUACAUUGAAACCAUUGUGUCGCAAUGCAUCAGUCUCUACAAUACUUUGAGUCAGCAAGCGUAUAAUGACAAAUCGGUCAAGAUCGAUCCACGGUUGACGACGAUUUUCGAAAAGAUGUUGGACCGGUGUGUGAGUAAUGGAGAUUUGAAGCUUGCUUUGGGUGUUUCGUUGGAAAGCUAUCAUCUCGACAACGUUGAACGUAUUCUCAAACAAGUGAAAAACGACGAAACAGCGUUGAGUCUCAUCAACUACGUGGUUAUGUGUUCUAAUACUGUGCUUGAAGACUCGUCUUUCAGAACCGACGUGUUGAAAUCCAUGAUCCAACUCCUUUUGGGUUUGAAGACUCACAGAGACUUCUUUUCCAUCUUCAAGGUGAUUGUCCAGUUAGGUGACACCUCGUUGGCUGUCCACUUGUUUGAGCAGCUUCUCGAUAGCGACGAUGCGUUGACUGCAUACCAAGGAGCAUUUGACUUGGUGGGCACUGCUUCCCAGGAACUCCUUGACAAUAUCCUCGAAAGUCUCGAAAAACUAGACAAAUCGAAUCAUCCUGCCCAAUUUGCUCGUUUGACUCAUAUCUUGACUGGAGUGCCGCUGUGCGACUUGGAAAUUACCUUCCUUUACAAGAACAACAACACCGAUAUCUCCAUUCUCAACAAGACGAAAAACUCGCUCGAAGGACGCAGUUCUAUAUUCCAUUCCGCUGUGACAUUCGCCAAUGCCUUUAUGCAUUGUGGAACCACUGAUGAUUCGUUUUUCCGUAAGAAUUUGGAAUGGUUGGGUAAGGCUACCAACUGGUCAAAGUUUUCUGCUACCGCUGCCUUGGGUGUCAUUCAUAAAGGUAACUUGUCCCAAGGACGUAACAUCUUGAAGCCAUACCUCCCUGGUUCCUCCGGAUCUCCACAUACAAAGGGUGGCUCUCUCUUUGCUCUCGGUUUGAUUUUUGCCGGACAGGGUCGUGAUGCUAUCGAUUACUUGAAACUGUUCUUGGAUGAAGCCAUGGUAGUACUGCUGGUAAUAAUGACAACCGAUGUUAUGCUCCACGGCGCUUGUCUUGGAUGUGGUGUGGCUGGCAUGGGUUGCAGAAACGAAAACCUCUUGGAAGGCUUUGAAGGUGGUAUUGUAUUCAGACUCGGCUAUUUCAGGACAAGCGGCUGGGUUAGCCAUGGGUUUAGUCAUGUUGGGCUCAGGAGACCAAACGAUCGCUCGUGA